AUGCUGUACACAGGGUUGGAGAUUGAGACGGCUUCAGGGAAGGUCUUCAAGAUCUCCCCAGACGACCCAGAACGACGUGGCUAUGAAAAGGCGCAUUUCCGGGAGAACGCCUUCGAAGAAUUUGCCGGUCUGAGCUGGUCAUAUACCUUCUACUACGAUUACUUUACCCCGCUUUACAGGCAAAAACACCAAUCCCUCUCGGGUUUCCGCAACACCGGAACAGACCCAAUCUUUUGGCAAGAGGCGCAAGACUGGCAAACAGGGACAUGUUAUGAUCUUUCGGCAAUCCAUGUCAUGUGGGGGCCUGCUGACCCUGUGGCAACGAUGUCCGGACUACUGUUCGAAUAUGGAGGCGGGAAGGUUCGAAGACGGGUAGGGUCAACGAGCCUCCCGGGCGCGACAAGGCAAUCACUCAAACUCGCCGAAGGAGAGAAGAUCACAUGGAUAGGUAUUCCCAGACCGGUAGGAACCGUACGUCAAGAAGGGUUUCUGUUUCAGGGGCCGCCCAGGAGAGUUGUAGACCGCAACUCGUUUUUCCAUAUCGAGUUCCAUACAAGCUUGGGACAGAAAGUAGUGUUCUAUCGCGAGAUGUCCACAACUGAAGGAAGGGGUGAACACCUUGAAAUCGCCUUCCCUUCUUACUUGUUUACACGUGAUGGCAGAUACGAUCCGACGAGGGCCGUGCGGCCGUCGGCAAGCGUCAUUGCGGCAGAAAGGAGAAGUACUGGGGAGGAGGGUGUGUCUUGGGAUGGAGACCAUCAGAAUGUGGGCCUCGGCAUCUUUGUAGGAGACCCAGACCCUACAGGCUCAUUGACUUAUGCGACGAUAGAUGCCAUCCGCACACUGAGCGCGGGGCUUGCGGCGGAAAUGAAGAACAAGUGA